GCUUGUGUGAAGGGCAGGCCCCGGCGAGGACCAUGCGCCAAUCAUCUCUCCCCCUACUUCUGGUCUCCUUCGCUCUCGCUGUCGCGUCGGCGCCGACAUCUCAGUUGGUAGACUCAGAUUUGACGUUACUGUUUCAAAACGAUCUCGAUUGUGUGUGGAGUUUCUACUGCGGUGGUCGGAGAGAGACAGAGAGAGUAACAACACCGUGCUUUAGGGCGGACCACAAGCGAACACGACAGCUUCAUCCUCCUCACGCCGCGUACACAUACUCAGGCUUCCACGGCAUGCGCGCAGCUCAACGAGAGCCUGACGCCUACGAAUGGGACCUUCUUUUCCUCAGAUGUCCCAGCGCUGUUAUCAUACGUGGCCUACUCCCAAAAGAAAUCGACGGCACAGAAGUAUUGGGUCGCAGGCUCCGGUUCCUCCUGCACGACGAUCAGCCCGGCGGGUCUACAAACGACUCCCUGCUCCCAGAAGUUACCCGUUUUGUGCAAGAACUCGGCGCCAAACAGGAUCUUAGGGCAAACCGAUCUCAGCAGCACUUGGCAAGUGAACGUGAACGCAGGGGACUUGUCAAUAACCGGCACACGGGACCACGUGUCGUUUCGUUUCCUGGGCAUCCCGUUCGCGAAUCCGACGCAACGCUGGACAUAUUCAUCCCUGUACACCGACUCGGCGCUCUGGGAUUCCUCGCGCUCGACGACGGAGUGACAAACGGCAACUACGGACUCGCAGACAUGAUCACCGCGCUGAAAUGGGUGCAGAAGUACAUCUCAGCUUUCGGCGGAGACCCCAGCCGGAUCACCAUCUUCGGGCAAAGCGCCGGGGCGGGUGCAGUCCGCGCCCUGCUGGGAUCUCCGCCGGCGUUCGGCCUGUUCUCGGGUGCCAUCGCGCAGAGCAACCUGGCAGGCUUUGCAUACGCGAAAACGUAUUCGGAGUACUACACGAUCAAGGAGGAAGUGGCUGCAGCGGCAUCGGCUUUCGUCUCCGAGAUGGGAUGUGCGAACGCGACGGCGAACGCGACUCUGACUUGUUUGCGGGGUGUCAGCUGGCAGACCCUGCAGAACGCUCCGGAUUCCCCCAGAUAUCUCGUCGUGGAUGGGCAUUACCUCGUCCGUGACAGGCUCUCCGUCGAUGGGAAGGGCCCGAUCGCACCGAAUGUGCAUGUCAUGUUUGGCUGGAUGGCCGACGACGGCACUGACUUUGCGGGCGGAUAUCCUGGUCCAGGAGAAUCUCAGCUGUCAUCUGUCGAAGCUAUCGGUCUGCCGGCAAACACCAGCUCAGCCAUUCUUGCCUCGGGGCAAUUUCCGACAUACACGUCCGGCAACGCGACGCUCGACGUGCUGAACGUCACGAGCAGGAUCGCCACAGACGGUGAAUUCAGCUGUCUUGACCAAGCAACAUUGCACUCAGCUGCACUGCACAAGGUGUUCGAGUCGGUCUGGGCAUAUCAGUUCGAUAGAAGCUAUAUGGGCUACGAGCCUAUUCCCGGUGUGUGCGAUCCACCCGGCACGGCCGCUCACCCCUUUGGGGACCCGUCUCUCCCCUACUUCAAAUGUCAUUCGGGUGAGCUGUAUUUCGUGUUCGGCAACAUCGGCCAAUCGACGCCCGGGUUCCCCUUCCGUGACGCAUUCGAUCUGCCAUUCGAGCAGCUCGCGCUGGACAGCUGGGCAUCUUUCGCUCGGACGCAUGACCCGAAUCCAGACCCUGCGUUCCUCGACGCCAGGUCGUUUGCCGGGACGAAGAACGCUCUGGCUCAAUGGGGCAGUUGGCUGCCCGUGCAGAGCGCAAAGCCCGUCAGGAUCCUGGAUUGGCCGAGUCGGAGCAGUGCGUGGCUGGAACAGAAGCAGUGCGCAGUCUUGGGCUUCCCGUUGGAUUAUUAUGAGUAGUUGGAUGUUGUGUUUCGCGUGCUUAUCGCGCGGCUCUUCUCAAAAGCGCCUAUCAAUGAAUGGCGCGUGUCGUUCUCAUGCUUGUGGCUCCAAGCUUCGAACCUGCGCGGGAACUAUACUCUCGUAAGUUCAUAUGAAUGUCCGUUCUGCUGA